GCUCCACUUACGCAUUUUGUGGAGUUAUUUUUUAUUUUCUUUGGAAAAAUAAUUAAAAUGGUGUAUAGUUACAUUAUAGCUGUAUUUCUUCAGGUGUUGUGUUUACAGCAUGUCUACUCCCAAGCCAUCUUCCAAAACUCCUGCGGUUGUCCAUCUCAGGUCUCUGUGACCAAAACUAGUAUCCAGAACCCCGUAAUGGUCAACCCACCGUGCCAACAAUUCGUCGCGCCAUGCCAGCAAGUCGCACUGUGCCAGCCUGUGUGCCAAUGCCAGCAAGUGUGCCAGGCUAGCUACGCUCCAGUUGCUAAUGUUGCCACACCUUGUGAUGUGGAUUGCGUAGCUUCGUAUGGUAUACCGUCUGCGACUAUUAUUCAGGAUGACUCCGUAGCCAAUAACCUGGUCAACACGCUCCAACUCCUGAUCGUGAGCAACCUCCUGGGCAACACGCUCCCUCCCAAAGACCUGCUGCUGGGCGCGCCCUUGCUUGGACAACCAGCGUUACUCGGGCAACCAGCGUUACUCGGGCAACCAGUACUGCCUGGGUUACUGAGCUGCGGGUGCGGUUGCGGCUUAGGGUGUGAUUGUGGAUGUGGUUGCUAA